AUGAUCGAAUAUUUUCUUUCUUUUUUUUCUUUCUUUCUUUCUUUCUUUCUUUCUACAUUCAUUCUUUCUUGUUUGCUUUCUUUUUUCUUUUCUUAUUUCUUUCUUUCUUGCUUUGUUUUUUCUUUUCUUACUUUCUUUCUUCCUUGCUUUCUGUCUUUUUCUUUUCGCGUACAUCACAUUAUUCUUCCUUGUAUUUCUUCAGCCAACUCUCUCUUUCUUUCUUUCUUUCUUUCUUUCUUUCUUUCUUUCUUUCUUUCUUUCUUUCUUUCGUUUCCUAGCCACUUUCUACUUUGCCAAUUCUUUCCUUCUUUCUUUCUUUCUUUCUUUCUUUUCAUCUAUUUUUGUAACAUGAUGCUUUUUCUUUUCUUCGACCUCCCUUCUCACCCUCAUUUGUCGUUCACACCUCGCCCUUUUAUUUCUUCCCUCUCUUUAUAUUUCUUUUAUCGUUCAUUUCUUUUUUUAGUCUCUUCUGUUUCCUCUUUUUCAUUCUUUCUCCUCCUUUUUUCAAAAAAUUGUUUUCCUUGUUGCCUUCUUUCCUUAAGUUCUUCUGUAUUCAUUUGUUUCUCGCGUUCUGAAAAUAGAGAUUAUAAUUGCUUUCUUCUCUUUUUCGCUACUUCCGUUCGUUUUGUUUGGAAUUGUUUAACAUUUCUUCUUCUUCUUCUUCUUCUUCUUCUUCUUCUUCUUCUUCUUCUUCUUCUAUCGUACAUGUCUUAUUCUUCUAAUUAUUCUUUUUCUUCUUCCUUUCCUUCUUCUUUCUUUGUUUUCUUCUUCGCCUUAUUUAUUUUUCUUUCCUUUUCAUCUAAUGUAAAUGUCUUCUUCUUCUUCUUUUUCUUUAUCUUUAUCUUCUUCUUCUUCUUCCUUAAUUUACUUUCCUUUCCUUUUCAUCUAAUGUACAUUUCUUCUUCUUCUUCUUCUUCUUCUUCUUCUUCUUCUUUAAUCGUCUCUUCCUUUUGA